CCCAGCAAAGUUUUCCAGCGGAGAACUAAUCGGAGCUCUAUUAUAUCAGCAAUUAUCAGCGACGUUAACUAUCUUCAGCUACAAAGAAGUGAACGAGAGAGAGGCUUAGACCAUCCGGGAAGUAAGAUUUUUUUCCCCUCGUAAACUUUUCCUCACAAAGGAUAUUUUGGACAUCUUUGUGGGAGCUUCAGUCACUUUCGUUGAGUCUAUCUGAGUGAACAAGUUUGCACAAAGCGCUGCUGAACCUGCUCCUCUGGAAAACAGACUUUAUCACCCAACCGUUCUUAUCUGGAACGGAUAUAUUUGCUUAUUAUCCCGCGAACUGGAUAACGAAAAAUCGCCGACGAAUCAAGGUGUCCUAGGAGCUGCGUGAAAGCGUCUUUACGUGACCCACUUUGUCCCAGGAGUCAAAACCCAUAUUCUUCCAAAUAGGACGAGUAUACGGUGUAAAAAUGUACCAAAGCCUUGCUAUGUCAUCCAACCAGUCCCCAUACGCACACGAUGCAGGGAACUAUAUGCACCCUUCGGCGAGUUCCCCAGUCUACGUGCCCACUGCGAGGGUGCCUGCUAUGCUGCAAUCCAUGCCGUACUUGCAGACAUGCGAGUCCGCCCAUCAGUCUCACGGCCUCGGCGGGCAUCACGGCUGGUCUCAGUCUGGCACAGACAGUUCGUCUUUCAUUCCGGGCAGCCCCCAUCAUCCUCCCGGGUUCUCCUACUCUCACAGCCCGCCAGUAAGCAGCAAUAACGGCAGGGACACAACUUACCAGAACCAGCUAGUGCUUAGUAACGGUGGUAGGGUUGACCACUAUGGCAGCACUUUAGUGCGGUCAGUUGGAGGAUCAUACUCAAGUCCCUACGCGUAUAUGAGCCCGGAGAUGGCGACCUCUUGGACACCUGGGCACUUUGAGAGCGGCAUGAUCAGUCUUCAGGGACGGCAAGGUUGCCUGUCUGGGAGAAGGUCCAGUUUAGACAUGUCAGAGGAGUUCCCUGGAGAGGGGCGCGAGUGCGUAAACUGCGGCUCCAUCUCCACUCCUCUGUGGCGGCGGGAUGGUACCGGGCACUACCUCUGCAAUGCCUGCGGACUGUACCACAAGAUGAACGGAAUCAACAGACCGCUGAUCAAACCCCAGAAACGCCUGCAGACCACAUCUCGCCGGGUCGGCCUGUGCUGCACUAACUGUCACACCAGCACCACCACGCUGUGGCGUCGGAGUGCAGAGGGAGAGCCUGUCUGCAACGCCUGUGGCCUCUAUAUGAAACUACAUGGGAUACCCAGACCAAUGGCCAUGAAGAAGGAAAGCAUUCAGACAAGGAAACGGAAACCUAAGAUGCCGAAGUCCAAAACCUCAACAGAACAUGCCUCUACUAUAAAGUGUGAACCCAACAUGGUCCCCUCCCCCCACGCCAGACAGGCCGUAGCCUCUAUGUCCCAGGCUUCGUCACAUCUGGACAGUGCAGGAUCAGGACAUGUGGACAUCAAGUAUGAGGACUGCCCCUUCACUCCUGCGUCUAUCUCCACACAGAACUCCUGGUGUACUGCUCUGUCUCAGGCGUGAGCUGACUCGACCACAGUUCACUUGGACCUGGGCCUGGACCUGGACCUGGGCCUGGACCUGGGCCUGGGCCUGGGCCUGGAUCUGGGCCUGGAUCUGGGCCUGACCUGGACCUGGACCUGGGCCUGGACCUGGGCCUGGACCUGGGCCUGGACCUGGGCCUGGAUCUGGGCCUGGACCUGGGCCUGGACCCAGCUCAGCUCACUGUGGAUGAUAUAGACUUGUGAAGAGAACUACCUGUUAUUGACUAACUCUUUUUUUUUCCGUGGAUGGAGGAACGGAGAAACAGAAGGAAGCGACGGCGAUCAAGUGGAAUGUAUUUGUGGCUACUAUCAAUACUAUUUCUAGUUUUUGUUGUUGUUUAUUGUUGUUGUCUUUAUUUGUUGUUGUCUUUAUCAAUGUUGUCAUUAUCGAUAUCUUGCUGAGUUCACCAUUGCAGUUUUACAUGGUGUUUAAAGAAAUAACCAGAAAGAGUUCAAUAAGUUAUUACAGAGUGUUAAAGGAAUACUUCGGGAUUUUUCAAUAAAGCCCUUUAUCUGCUGACCCAGAGUCAGAUGAAGCCCUUUAUCUGCUGACCCAGAGUCAGAUGAAGCCCUAUAUCUACUGACCCAGAGUCAGAUGAAGCCCUUUAUCUACUGACCCAGAGUCAGAUGAAGCCCUUUAUCUACUGACCCAGAGUCAGAUGAAGCCCUUUAUCUACUGACCCAGAGUCAGAUGAAGCCCUUUAUCUACUGACCCAGAGUCAGAUGAAGCCCUUUAUCUACUGACCCAGAGUCAGAUGAAGCCAUUUGUCUACUGACCAAGAGUAAGAUGAAGCCCUUUAUCUGCUGACCCAGAGUCAGAUGAAGCCCUUUAUCUACUGACCCAGAGUCAGAUGAACCCCUUUAUCUACUGAUCCAGACUCAGAUGAAUGUUUUGGAUACAAUUUGUAUGUCUCUACAUGCUAGCAGAUACCAUAGACUUCCAGUCAUUGCGCUAACGCUAAUUUGCAUUGGCUACCUCUAUCUUUCUUCAUAAUGGACAGAGAGCCAUAAAAAAUAGUAUUCAUGGGGUUUUGUUGUUGUUGUUUAUUGUUGUCAUUAUUGAUGUUGUCAUUAUUGAUGUUGUCGUUAUUGAUGUUGUCAUUAUCGAUAUCUUGCUGAGUUCACCAUUACAUGAAUACUAUUUUUUUAUGGCUCUCUUGUCCAUUAUGAAGAAAGUUAGAGGUAGUUUCACGAGCCAAUGCAAAUUAGCGUUAGAGCAAUGACUGGAAGUCUAUGGUAUCUGCUAGCAUGUAGAGACAUAUACAUUGUAUCCAUGAGUUAAUCUGACUCUGUGGAAAUAGAUAAAGAGCUUCAUUGCCAAAAUCCAGAAGUAUCCCUUUAAACACAAAACCGGAUGGACAAAACAAGUCUUUUAUUACCUCUGGACGUGUUUCAUUACUGCCGUGUAGAUGGUUAACUUUCAUAGAAACAUUAUUUACGUUGAGAUAAGAAUCGUCAUGAAACACCAAAGACAACAUGGCAAAUCCCAGAAGUCCCUUCUCAGAAUGUUUUGUAUGUUCAAGGUAUGACCUCAAAACUAGUAAGUAUACAUUCACAUGUGUUUUGUAUGUAAUGAAUUACAUAUGUUGUUCAUUGAACAAACGAUGCAAAUAUAUUCAUUUCUAUUUUAUCAGAUAGGUUAAAAGUGGCUAAAUACUUUUAAUUUUUUUUUAUUUUAGACAUCGCAACUGCGUACUGAAUCAGUUUUCUAUAUUUCCAAAACCACUGUUCUACUAGUUCUAAUGUUUUUACAAUGUAUCGUCUGAUCAUGUAACGUGCAAUUACUUCAUUUUACAAAAAUGUAAGAUAAAGAAAAAUAUACUUUUAUGUUAAUUAUUCUGAAUAUGUUAUUCAAAUUUUAUUUUCUGUAUUUUUUUGUUUUGUUGUUGAACUAUAAGGGAAUUUUAUUUUUUUGUAUUUCAUAACGUACAAUUGUAAUGUUCAGGGACUUGAGUCUAAUUAUAUCUUUUAGCUGUUUCAACCAGGUCUGAUAUUCCCUCUGGUUUUACAAUGCUCUUUGAAAUCUGUUUAGUUUAAUAAACCGAUCAAAUGA